UGGUGGGGGUAGGGGGUCUGGAGGAAGCCUAGCUCCAAGAAAUGACCAGGAUCCACAUUCAGUGUUUUCAAAAUCACUGUAAAAUUAAAAUUGGGUUUUUUUUUUCUUUUUCAGUUUCAUUUACUUUCACGUUUUGUUUUGUGCACAAACGAGUGCACAAACUGGUUUUCUGGUGAACCUGAAUACUAGAAUGUAAAUUCAAAGGGAAAAAAAUGACUGAAAAGAAAUCUGCAGUCACAGGUUCCUUUAAAGCUAUACAGAAGUGCCCUUACAAAAACAUGUCUUGUUUCUGGUGAAAUGGAUCCUUCUUUAUCUGACGUCAAGUGACUAAAUUAUUGUUUUCCUGAGAAAGACUCUUGGCUAGGAUUUCCAUUUGUCUUUAUAUUUACUUAGUGAGAGGUGUCUGUGACUAUUCACUUUCACAAAACGAAGAAAAGCGGAGGAGAGAAUCCACGUCUUCAAGAGGCUAAAGGACGGAGUAUCGAAAUGGCCUGGAAAAUGUUCAAAAUUAACGUCAGAAAGUCAAAUGUUCACCUAGGGCUCAGCCGGGGAGAAACGAAAGAAAAAUCAAUAUGCAGCCAAAGAAUGGCUUCAUUUUUCUAGAAGGUGACCCUCCAAGAGAGUCCCUCAGCAACAGCCCCCGAGUUCCAGAAACUGUCCAGAAGCCUGAUGGUCAGCUUCAGCAUCUGUGUGGGACUCAGGCUUCUUGCCCAGUCUUUAUACCAGCAAAAUGCAUGCGGCAGUGGUGGUAACCAGCGUGACACUGCUCCUGAGCGUGGUGCGGGCCUCUCACUCUCUCUGCUCACCCACCAUUUUUUACAGAGACUGCUGGAUCCGUCGCUUUCCGGGUCUUCUGAUUGACCUGGAGGAGUCUCAGAAGCUGGGAGCUCAGUUCCUGAAGUAUUACUCUGAAGGCACUGGCCAGAAAUGCAGCAGGAGCUGCUGCCUUAGGAAGGAUGUUUCCUGUAACGUGGCUGUCUUCUACCAUGAUCCUAUUCACGACAAUGUCAACUGCCUCCAUAUUCACUGCCCAACAUUGGAGAGCUGUGUAUUAGAGCCUGGAACCAGUGCCAUUUUAUACAACAUAACAGAAGGUAUAGAUCCAGAUUUGCUGGUUUUUGAACAGUCACCUCCCGCAUAUCUAAAUACCCGUUCUUCAUCUAACACAGGGGACAGACUAAGGAUUCUAAAAGCUGCAAAUUUAGGUAAACAACAAAGCACCAUGAUAAACCCAAAGCUACCGUCAGUAGAGGCACCAUCAUCAAGCACACAUCGAGAUUUGGUUGUAAACACAAACAAGACCAGGUCUUCCAGGGAAUUAACCACAGAUUCUCGGGCAAGCUUCAUUUCCCUGAAUGACUCCAUUACCACAGAGGUAAAUAUGGUGUCACACAGUACUGAUUUCAUCAACAAUCCAGAUAACAAGACCGUUUCUCCUUUCUUUAUGCCAGUAGACACAAAACUUUUUCAUAGGCCUAUUCCAUCCAGACUCAACAGUAGCAAACAAUUACUGAACAAAACCAAGGGGUACAACAGCAGAAACCACACAUCUGAGAAUGAAGACGAGACACCUGAUGGGGCAUCUGUGACUCCAAAUAUGUGGCUGGCUCCAGUGGCCCUCUGUACCUCUGUCAUCUUUCUUUGCUGUUGUAUAAUCAUCCUGGCAUCUGGAUGCUGUAGAAAGCAGAGCCAGUCUAAACCAGGACAGAGAAACGUCAGGAUCCAGGCAAAUUAAGAAAAAAUAAUAAUAAUAACACUCUGAAGGAGAACUCUUAAUAGUAAAAGUUACAGGGAGAUUGUAAGCUUUCAAGAGUAUCAUUUUUAUUUUCUGUAAGACAAGGGCAGUUUGGUUAAAAAAAAAAACAAAAAAACAAUUGCACAGGAUGCCCACUCCUACCAAUCUCUAAAAAAAGGCCAAUGGUUGAUAAACUUAACUGCUUUUUUAAUUAUUUCCAUUUUUUGAAGUGUACCUUUUGCCAAAGUUCCAAAAUUCUGACCCCUGCAGUUAUUCAGCACUGCAUGAGAGAUAUGGUUCUAAGUGCUAUGCAUGUAUUCGCUCAUUGAUUUCUUAUAACUUUAUGAGUUAGGUAUGCUUUUAUUAACCAUUAUAGUAUUAUUGUCACAUUUUACAGAUGAGGAAAAUGAGAAGAGAGGCUAACUAUCCUGCCUAAAGUCACACACCUAGUAAGUAGUGAAGCCAGGACCUAAAAGACAAUCUGGUUCAAAAGUUCAUUCUUGAAAUCACUCUCAGACUAAAAGCCUCCAUUUCCCCAAAGUGCAUGGAAAAAAGAUACAGAGAGGAGAACACCAUAUAUGUCUACUGUCAGGGUCAAAUUAGUGUCAUCUAUGUUAAUAAAAUCUUGUAGUGGUUUGAACAGAAGAGCAUUAUUAUUAGUUACUAGCCCAUGUGCAAAUGCUUCCUAUUUUUAUAUAGGAAGGAUUUACUGUUCAAUUGAUUAAUUCUUUUUAAUCCUAAUUCAUCUUCAUUUUCUGAAGCUGACAUGCCUUUAAAUAACCUUGGUACUGGAAUCUUUGAGUUUUGUGUUGAUCUCUGUUGAAUAAAGCACAGGAGUUUUAGUUUA